GGCGCAUGCGCCCUGAGGACGGCGCCCCCGCUCGGCUCCGCUCGGGCCGCGGUCGGCUAUUUCCGCCUCUUUGUUUUAAACUCUGGGACGACCCUUUUAAUUUUAUCUCCCCUGCCUUUUCUCUUUUUUCUUUUUGGUGUGUCUUUGUUUGGUUUUGGCUUUGUUUUGUUUUAAUUUUUUGGCUGGGGAACGAAAAGAGGGGCUGGUGUUUCCCUCUGUCUCGCGUUACCACACUCGCGUCCUCUGCAUUUUCCCUGUGGUGGCUGCCGGGGAGGGACGGGCCGUGGAGCGGAGGAUCGGUAGCAAGGAGGAAAAUACCCCGCCAGCCCCGAGAGAAGAUCGCGUCCCUCCCCCGCCAACCGACACGGCGUCGCCCCUCCCCGAUCAGGGCUUGUGUUUUGGCAGCAAUAAGAAUUCUUCUCGUUUGAAACUGAGGCUAUCCUUACUGUCGGAAAGUGAAGAAAUCUGUGCCUUGUGAAUAGCAUAAAUUCAUUUUGAUUUAAGCUUUUUCUAGUUUGUCACCUGAAAGAACAAGCUGAAAGUAUGUUCUAGACACGAGGACUCCGAUCUUGAUUUGAGGAUUCAAAAUAAGCAAGAGGUUGAUAGAAAUGCCUGUUGGGCCUUCAGCAUUGUGCCUGGCUGUCCACUGUCUUUCAAGGGAAAUUUGUCACGUGUAAUGGAUGAUACUCAAAUGGCUUACCAUGAGAAAUAUGUGUGCUGCAUGAAGCCUAUAGGGCUCACACUAAAGAAGAGUGGUAGAAUAAGAGACGAUUCUGCUUCACAACAAACACAGCCUCUCUAUUUAUAUUGAAAGAGCGGAAUGCCAGGACAAUAGAAGUGUGAGCAGACUGCAUCUUAAAGCCCUCCUGAGGUUUCAAGAACAAAAGAAGAAAGAUUUUUGCAAGGCUCCUUUUCAUUUGGUCUCUGGAUGGCAGACUCUGAAAAGAAAUGCUGUUUUAAGAGACACCAAAGAUGCUAACGAGAAAGAUUAAACUUUGGGACAUUAAUGCCCAUAUAACCUGUCGUCUGUGCAAUGGAUACCUGAUUGAUGCUACUACUGUAACAGAAUGCUUACAUACUUUCUGUAGAAGCUGCCUAGUGAAAUAUUUGGAGGAAAACAACACCUGUCCAACCUGUAGAAUUGUUAUACAUCAGAGCCACCCACUACAGUAUAUUGGUCAUGACAGAACAAUGCAAGAUAUUGUUUACAAACUUGUGCCAGGCCUUCAAGAAGCGGAAAUGAAAAAGCAAAGAGAGUUUUAUCACAAACUGGGCAUGGAAGUUCCAGGGGACAUCAAAGGGGAGACAUGUUCUACAAAACAGCACCUAGAUUCCCACAGAAACGGUGAAACUAAAGCAGAUGAAAAUUCAAACAAAGAAACUUCUGAGGAAAAACAGGAAGAAGAUAAUGACUACCAUCGAAGUGAUGAACAGGUAAGCAUCUGCUUGGAGUGCAAUAGCAGCAAAUUGCGGGGAUUGAAGCGAAAAUGGAUUCGCUGCUCAGCACAAGCGACAGUCUUGCAUCUAAAGAAGUUCAUUGCCAAAAAACUUAACCUUUCUUCUUUUAAUGAGCUGGACAUAUUAUGCAAUGAAGAGAUUCUCGGCAAGGACCACACGCUCAAGUUUGUAGUCGUUACUAGAUGGAGAUUUAAGGUGUCACUGGGCAGUGACUGUGAAGGAGGGAAGAGUUCUGAAGGGUCUUGGGCCACCUUGAAGGGUCGAGGGUCUUCUCCCUUAAUGCCAUGCUGGGCCUAUCAGAACAUGAAGCUAUGUGUCCUUCAACAUGUCCCCCAUCUCCUGUAUCAGCCAGUCAGUCUUUGUCUGUCCUUCUUAGCUUGUCAUUGACAUUUCAUCACAAUGUAAAUUCACAAUUUCCCACCUCCUGCUUCUAGGGAUGUCCCAUCUUCUCUGGCUGGAUGAUGCUGAACUGUUUUUGCUACAAUGUUUGAGACAUCACCCUCUCAGUGUCUUACAGAGGGGCAGAUGCUGGUCUCUUCUCUCUGGUGACCAACGAUAGGACCAAAGACAAUGGCAGGAAGAUAUGCAAGGGGAGGUUUAGGUUGGAUAUUAGGAAAAGAUUCUUCAACUAGAGGGUUAUGGAACACUGGAUCAGACUCCCCUAGUAGGUAGUCAUUGGGCCAAGCCUGACAGUGUGGGACAGGAUUUGGCUGGCCUCAGCAAAACUCCCAGCACUUAUCAGUUGGUAAAAGGAGAUGUGCUGGAACUUGUUGGUCACAGGCCAUGGGAAGGAUAGAGGCGAGAACCUUAAUUAGGAGCGGAGAGUGCUGAUUCUACGUUUAAACAAGGUUCACAAGUUAAUGAGGUUGUCCUGUAAAAAGGGGACUCUUGUUUUUGCACAGGGAAGAUUGCUUGAGUUGGGGUGGUAACAGUUUGAGAAGGUGUCUUGGCAUUAGCCAAUCUGUAAAUGUCUAGUGUGCAAUGUAGACCAAUCAGCGCGAAGCACGUUGCUGAGGCAGAGUAUAAAUGCAUGUGAAGCACACUAAUAAAGCGGACAUUUUGUUUGCA